AAAGGGCAGGGGAAGGGGCUGUGGCAGGCGAGUCUCUCCCAGCAGCUGAUACCAACUGAUCUAUAAAUAGCUUCCAGGGCCUGGCCGCUGCAUUAGAGCAGACAACCCCAACGAACAAGCCGCAUGGUUUUUACUUUGCCGUAGUCAAAAGAAUAAGAAAGAAGUUUCCGUUUAGUUUUGAACAAGAAUUAGAAUGAAUAAGCCCAAAAUUGUCAGACCAGAGGAGAGCCAGCCAGCACAUGCGCUAUGGUUCGACAGAAAGAAAUACGUCACCAUCAACUUCAUGGUUCAAAAACCCAAAGACGUCCAGGUUGAUAUCCAGACAGACAAAAUGAUUUUAUGCUGCAAAAAUGACACAGAUGAUGUUUAUUACAAUGAGCUGUACUUCUACGACAAAGUCCAAAUCUAUGACUCCAGAGAAAGAGUCUACGACCGCACCAUCAACAUCUUGCUCAGGAAAAUAAAGCCAGAUUAUGCAUGGCCACGUCUCCAGAAGGAUCCUGCUAAGCCAAGUUGGAUUUCUGUAGAUUUUGACAACUGGAGAGACUGGGAGCAUGAAGAAGAUGAGGGAAAGGAAGAGUACGAUAGAUACGUGGACAUGAUCCAAGAAAUGGCUGUCAGUAAUAAAGGAGAAACACCAGACAUGGGUGAUCUCAGUGAUUCUGACUGAGACUCAUAGCACCUACUCUCCUGUGUUUGCUGAAGCUUGUAAUAUUUGCUGAUGACUGGAUGUGUUAUUGUCCAAAAUACUGUUUUUUACAAAAUUAUUAGAUUAUUUAUUGUCAUUUUUUUGUCCACUGUACACUGACAUAUCAUUGUCAAUUUUAAUAAAAGCUGGUGUUUUGGUGGUUGGAGUAAUAUCUUCAUCAUCGUCAUGGCUGUGUUUUACUAACUCCACAAGAUGGCAGUAAUGCAGCAGCAGCUGGUAUCCCCAGCCCCAUUCAUUCAUUCCUCAACACUGGAUGGUGAUGAUUGGAUGUACCCCAUGCUAUCACUUUAUAUCACUGUGUUUUAUGUUAUGUUGUGUAAUAGGUUCUAACACAUUUAUGUAAUGUAUUUAUAUAAUGUGUAGUUUAUCAUAUUUUAUGGUCAUUUUCCUAAAACAAAGUUUUACUUGAGAACAAUAAAGUUAAAUGUUACCAACCUC